AUGCCCCAACGCCUCACCAUUGGCCUCUCCCAAUCUCACACCCUCUCCUCACUCCACCUCACGCUCUCCGCGCUGCGCGAAACGACAAAAGAGGCCGCGCAGAAGGGAAUAUCCAUCCUCCUCUUCCCCGAAGCCUACCUAGGCGGCUACCCACGGACCUGCUCCUUCGGUGCUGCUGUCGGCUCCCGCUCAGACGCUGGCCGCGACCAGUUCCUCGAAUACACCAAGUCGGCCGUCGACCUUGGCGACACGCCCAAUGGCGCCGGAGAUGCCUGGAUCGAGAAGAAGCUCCCCCUAAACAAAGAGACGGGCCGGCGCGGAGAUGGCACACGAGAGUACCUCGAAGAAGUCGCCCGGGAGACUGGGGUCUUCAUCAUCACCGGCGUCGUGGAGAAGGCAGGAGGGUCUCUCUACUGCGCCGCGGUCUACGUCGACCCAACCCGCGGUGUGAUAGGCAAGAGGAGGAAAGUCAUGCCCACGGGCUCGGAGAGACUGGUGUGGGCGCAAGGUUCAGCAUCCACCCUCGAGGCCGUGACUGCGACGAUCAAAGGCGUCAGAGUUGUCAUGGGCUGCGCGAUCUGCUGGGAGAAUUACAUGCCCCUGCUAAGGUAUAGUAUCUACAGCCAGGGUGUGAACUUGUGGUUGGCGCCCACGGCAGAUCCCAGAGAUACGUGGGAAGCUCUGAUGCGCACGAUAGCGUGUGAAGGGCGAUGUUUCGUACUCAGCGCCAACCAGUGCAUCAAGAAGAAGAAUUUGCCUGGUUGGAUCACGGGUGCCAAACACGACUCGGGUUCUGCCUCAGGAGUCAGGGUCCAUGAGACGUUGGCGAACGGCAUUCCACCUAACGUAUUCAAGGGACGAAGACUGUCAAUGACAAGGACAGAGGAGAACCAUGAGAUUGCGUGGACGUGCGAUAAUGACGCGAUUGACGAAUCUAAACCUCUUGAAGCUCCCAAGCAGAGCAGAGAUGCUUCAGGCGAAGGCGAGCAGUUCGUGUCGAUUGGAGGUUCCUGCAUUGUCAAUCCUAUGGGAAAGACAAUAGCUGGCCCGGUAUGGGAGCAGGAAAAUGACUUGCUAUUCGCCGAAGUCGACUUCGACGACUGCGAUCGAGGACAUUUGGACUUUGACGCAUCAGGGCAUUACUCACGGCCUGACGCCUUCAAAUUGACCGUCGAAGGAUUAGACCUUAACCCGCCGCCGUAG